AUGUCAGCUCUCAGUCUGAUCACACUGGUCAGCCUGGUGUCCACUGUUUUUGCCAAGGAAUGGGAUGCACACCCACCCCAACAACAUAGACACUGGGCACAGAUAUGCCAUGGGAAUCCUACCAACAAAAUCCGAGGCUGUGAUAAAUAUGGCUGUGGUGCUUACGGCGCUGACAGACACAGCGGUAAAGGAAAGCAUGUGGGUGUGGAUGUCAUCUGUGCUGAUGGAGCAACAGUGUACGCCCCCUUCUCUGGCCAGCUCUCUGGACCCAUUAGAUUCUUUCAUAAUGGAAAUGCCAUUGAUGAUGGAGUCCAAAUCACGGGAUCAGGUUACUGCGUAAAACUCAUCUGUAUUCACCCUAUCAGAUACCACGGCACCAUCCAGAGAGGACAAGAACUCGGAAGAAUGCUGCCAAUGCAGAGAGUAUUUCCUGGCAUUGUGUCUCACAUCCAUGUUGAAAACUGUGAUCGCUCUGAUCCUACUGCUCUACUUAAACCUGAUAUUCUACCAUUUCCACAACAAGAUCAGUACUGGGCAGCAGUAUGUUCUGGGAAUCCUACAAACGAGAUAAGAGGCUGUGAUAGAUACGGCUGUGGAUACUAUGGAGCUCCAAGAGGAAAUGGUAAAGGAAAGCAUGUGGGUGUGGAUGUCAUCUGUGCUGAUGGAGCAACAGUGUACGCUCCCUUUUCUGGCCAGCUCUCUGGACCCAUUAAAUUCUUUCAUAAUGGAAAUGCCAUUGACGAUGGAGUCCAAAUCAAGGGACGAGGUUUCUGUGUAAAACUGCUCUGCAUCCAUCCCAUUAGAUACAGCGGUACAAUUGCUAAGGGGCAAGUCCUUGGGAGAAUGCUCCCAAUGCAAAGAGUAUUUCCUGGUAUCACAUCUCACAUUCACGUUGAGAACUGCGAUCGCUCAGACCCUACCAGAAAUCUCGAAAUGGGGAAAAGAAAGAGAAUAUAA